GCCGACCUGCGCGGCGGGCCCGGAGCCGCCCCGGGGGGCGCCUCGCCCGCCUCCUCCUCCUCAGCCGCCUCGUCCCCGUCUUCGGGCCGCGCCCCCGGCGCCGCGCCCUCCGCCGCCGCCAAGAGCCACCGCUGUCCCUUCCCGGACUGCGCCAAAGCCUACUACAAGUCCUCUCACCUAAAGUCGCACCUGCGGACGCACACAGGGGAACGCCCUUUUGCUUGUGACUGGCAGGGCUGUGACAAGAAGUUCGCCCGCUCCGACGAGCUGGCCCGCCACCACCGGACACACACGGGCGAGAAGCGCUUCUCCUGCCCUCUGUGUUCCAAGCGCUUCACCCGCAGCGACCACCUGGCCAAGCACGCCCGCCGCCACCCCGGCUUCCACCCGGACCUGCUCCGGCGCCCUGGUGCCCGCAGUACCUCCCCCAGCGACUCGCUGCCCUGCAGCCUGGCCGGGAGCCCUGCGCCCAGCCCCGCGCCCAGCCCAGCCCCCGCAGGCCUGUAGGGCCCUCGUCCAGCCCACCCUGACCACCAGGAUGCUUCUGCCAUCCAGGGGUGUAGUGAGGACCCACGGGGUGCCCGGUCCCCUUCCAGCUGUGGGCAAACUCUGAAGACGCCCCUGCCCCCUCCAGAGAGCGAGGAGGGGGCCUGAGACUGGACCCGGGUCUGCCUGACCUCAGAGGUGGCUCUCAGGACGGGUGACGGGGGCUUGUGUCUGUAAAUAGCCAUGAUACUAACUUUCUUCCCAUCUGUGCAACGGGGCCCCCCGGGGCAGCUAGGAGGUCCUCCCCUCUCCUCUCCACUGUCCUCUGCUGGCCCCCUCCCAGGGUGGGGUUUGCGGGGGUGGAGUGGACUUCUGGGAGCCGGCCCAGGAAAGGCACCCCCUGCCCCAUCCCUGCAGGCUGGGAUGAAGCGUGCAGACAGCCAUAGAGGAGCUGGGGGUUGACACGGCCCCUGCCUCUCCCCACCCUACCCCACCCCACCGAAAGCCAUGGGAGUAGUUCAGGGAAAUGGGGGUGCAGCCCGGCCGCCCCCCACUCGGGUACUCAAUCUCAGGUGUCCACAGGUUCUGCCCACGUUAGGGGCUGCCCACCCCCCCAGACCUUGGGGGUAGAGCCAGGAGCGGGGAGGCGUUAGGAUGCCCGGAGGGGCUCCAGGUCUCACUUCUGAGACCUGGGAUGGGGAGGGAGGGGACCUCUGGGUUCUUCCAAAGAACAUUUGACUCAGUGGAGGUCGGUCAGGAGGGAAUGCCGGCUUAUUUAUUUUCCUCUCUCCUCGGGUGUGGGGCCCUAGCUCCCCCUCUCUGGGUGGGUGGGAGAGAGAGGCUGCAGGGGAGGCUGGCACCGGGCCUGGCCCUCCAGCCCCUGCCCUGCCGACUUUGGCCUUUGCGGUAUCACGUGACAAUCAACUCCCUUAACGACGCCUGCGGCCAUUGGGCCUCACUGCCCUCACUGGCCUGCAGGUGGGGCCGUAGAGCCCAUGCCCGCCGGGGUUGCAGGCUCUUCCGGGCGUGGGCUGCAGCCUGGCCAGGCCCUGCUUCCCCGACCUCCCCUCCUUCUCCUGGGUUCCUGGAAGAGGUGGGCCCUGGCCUGUGGUCGAGGUCCUGCCUCGUGGACUGGAAACAGAGGGCUGGCUGUGCAGCCUCCUGGGGUAGUUCGUUUUUUUUUGCACCGGGUAGAAUAUUUUUUCAGGCACGGAUUCUUUUUUUCUGGGCCCCCGUGGGUGGUCCGGCAUCCUCAGGGGGUGUGAGUGUGUGUGGGGGGGGUCUCUGAGCUGAACUUGGGUGGGUGGGGACUUGUCCCUCAGGGGCCACCUUCGUGUCCUUGCCAGGGGUCGUCCUGCUGUGGCCUGGGUUGCAUUUCUUCUUGGGGGGUAUUGAGGACCCCCAGCCUGAAAUGAGAAGGGUCCUAGGUUCCACGUCCAAGACCCAGAAAGGUGAAUCCCCUCACUGUUGGCUGCAGGAGGUUUUUGGUACCCCCUUUUGUUCCAGAACCUUCCUGCAUCUCGCUUGCGGGCAGGGGGGCUUUGGAUGGCCACUGGUGUGCACCUGGACCCAGCCCCGGCCUGGCAGGAUCCAGGGAUGGGUGCCUGGGGUCCUGCGCGGAGGGAGGCAGGGGAUGCCCUUCCGGAGCUGGGCUCGGAGGGUCUGCCCCAUCCAGCCCUCGGCUCUCUCUGUUCUGUCCCUAGCCUCAAACCCUCCUCCGGCAGCGCUAGUGAGAUGCCUUAGUCUGUGGGGGUGGGUGGGGGACUGGGGCCCCGUUUUCCUUUAGUGUCUUGUUGGCCCCAGCCCUGGCCGGGGCCUGUCUGGAGCAGGGGAGGGUAGGGCUGUGGGUUCCAGAACUCUCUAACCGGGCCCCUCUCCAGUGUCCAGGGGCCUGGAGAGACCUGCGCCCACCCCUCCACUCCCUCAGGAGCUGCUGGUCACUGGGACCUGGUUCCAGCCAUUUGCAGGGGAGGUGGCUCCAAGGGGCGUGUGCUUUCGGUGGGUGGCGCUCCUCCCCCACCCUGCCUGGCCUCAUCCUUGUAUUUAAUUAAUUAAACAAGCCCCUUUUUAAACCCUA